GAGAGCGUGCGGGCGAGGGAGGGAGUCGGCUCCGGAGGGCGAGGGCGAGCGCGAGCGCAGGCGGCUGCCCGCGGAGAGGAGGGAGCCGGGCGAGGACCAGGCGGGAGCCGGCGGGGCGCAGGCAAGGCGGGGACCCGGCGCGCGCACUUUCCCGCAAAGUGCCAACUACCCGGGAGAGAGUUCCGGGCGCUCACCUUCUGGGCGCGGGGGAAAGUCAGCGAGAAUUUGAGAUUUUAGGGAAGAAGGUCCGAUUCUCCCCGUCCCCUUUCCCCUGUUACUCAUCCCCAUUAAAAAGAAAAACAGGAAUAACAGCAGACUUGCUCUAGUCCCGUCUGUCCCCCCACUCCUGGCACCAUGAAGGCGGCCGUCGAUCUCAAGCCGACUCUCACAAUCAUCAAGACAGAAAAGGUGGAUCUGGAGCUUUUCCCCUCCCCGGAUAUGGAAUGUGCAGAUGUUCCACUCUUAACUCCAAGCAGCAAAGAAAUGAUGUCUCAAGCCUUGAAAGCUACUUUCAGUGGUUUCUCUAAAGAGCAGCAACGCCUGGGAAUUCCAAAAGACCCCCGGCAGUGGACAGAGACCCAUGUUCGGGACUGGGUGAUGUGGGCCGUCAAUGAGUUCAGCCUGAAGGGUGUGGACUUCCAGAAGUUCUGUAUGAAUGGGGCAGCCCUCUGCGCGCUGGGGAAAGACUGCUUUCUUGAGCUGGCCCCAGACUUCGUUGGAGACAUCUUGUGGGAGCAUCUGGAGAUCUUGCAGAAAGAGGAUGUGAAGCCCUACCAAGUUAAUGGAGUCAACCCUCCCUACCCAGAGUCCCGCUAUACCUCGGAUUACUUCAUUAGCUACGGUAUCGAGCAUGCCCAGUGCGUCCCUCCCUCGGAGUUCUCCGAGCCCAGCUUCAUCACAGAGUCCUACCAGACCCUCCAUCCCAUCAGCUCGGAGGAGCUCCUCUCCCUGAAGUAUGAGAACGACUACCCCUCGGUCAUCCUCCGGGACCCUCUGCAGACGGACACCUUGCAAACUGACUACUUUGCCAUCAAACAAGAAGUGGUGACCCCAGACAACAUGUGCAUGGGGAGGACCAGUCGUGGUAAGCUCGGGGGCCAGGACUCCUUUGAGAGCAUAGAGAGCUACGAUAGUUGCGACCGCCUCACCCAGUCCUGGAGCAGCCAGUCAUCCUUCAACAGCCUGCAGCGCGUCCCCUCCUACGACAGCUUCGACUCAGAGGACUAUCCAGCCGCCCUGCCCAACCACAAGCCCAAGGGCACCUUCAAGGACUAUGUGCGUGACCGUGCUGACCUCAACAAGGACAAGCCCGUCAUCCCUGCUGCGGCCCUGGCUGGCUACACAGGCAGCGGACCAAUCCAGCUGUGGCAGUUUCUUCUGGAAUUACUCACCGAUAAGUCCUGUCAGUCUUUUAUCAGCUGGACAGGAGAUGGCUGGGAAUUCAAGCUUUCUGACCCAGACGAGGUGGCCAGGAGAUGGGGAAAAAGGAAAAACAAACCUAAGAUGAAUUACGAGAAACUGAGCCGUGGCCUUCGCUACUAUUAUGACAAAAACAUCAUCCACAAGACGGCGGGUAAACGCUACGUGUACCGUUUUGUGUGUGACCUGCAGAGCCUCCUGGGGUACACGCCCGAGGAGCUCCACGCCAUGCUCGACGUCAAGCCUGACGCCGACGAGUGAUGGACACCCAGGGGCCGGGGAAAACUCCGCUGAGACAUUUCAGAGAACAACCACGUCGGUCGGACUCUUAAUUUUUAAUUGUUAUUCUAUUUUCAAUUUUCCAGAACUCAUUUUUUACAUUCAGGGGUGGGAGCUAAGUGAGCUGCAGCUAUAAUCAAUUGUGUGCCCGUCGGAGGAGCAGAGCCAGGACUUGUGGGGUGGGUGGGAUGAGAAAUUCUGGAGCGGAUUUUCAGGAGAGAGACAAGGGCCUCCUUAGAAGCUUGAAGAUUCUGGCUUAAGGGAGGAAGAGACUAACGUAUCCAAUCAUUUUUAAAAAAUCACCCAUGAAAAGAAAUGUGUGUCCUGAGUUAUGGACCUAUUAGCAAAAGAAAUGGAUGCAUCAGGAGUCACGAGACUAAUAAAAGGCGAUUAAUUUCCUUUUGUUUGUAGGUCUGGGAGGGUGAAAAAGAGGGAGGUGGGAUAAAGCCUUUUGUUUGGGGGAUGCACUAAAAACCAAGGACUAUUUACCUUUUAUUCUACUUCCGAAACAAAGAUGGACUUUAGUGGGGAGGGACCGAAACUGUUUUUGUGUUAAAAUUUAUUCUAUUAAAUUCUGUGCCAGUA